UUCGAUGAUUUCUUUAAUGUUCCUUUCGCUACGUUCCUUUGCGAACGCUCUUUUGAAAACCAUUUUCUAAUAAGUUGACAAAUGACAUUUCACAACAGGCUUCCUUUGGUUUUGGUAUUUGCAUCAGUGACCUUUGACGAUUACUUUGUUUAAUUGCAUGUAAUGCAAAUCAGAGAAGCAGUUCAAACCAACGCAAGGACAAACAAAUCAUUCAUCCAUGAAGUUUUUGUAAUCAUAAGCUCAUUGUUCAGGUUCAAGGAUAAGCGGUAAACCAAGGAACAAGAGGUUAAGAUACUUGUAGACAACUUUCAAAGUCGUUGUUGCAUGAUACCAAGGUAGUCCAAGCACCGAUAACUUGCACGGAAGAAAAGAGAAGCUAAUAUACAAGGUUUUACGGUCCUGUUCUUCGGCAGAGGGAAUGGCCAUGACACUCUUGGUUGCCUUGCUGCUCAUGUUCUUCGUUGAGAAAGGUUUAGCAGCGGAAUGUGUAGUUUCUGAAACAUGCGGCGAGUGCAUAAGAGAAUCAUCAGAAUGUGUUUGGUGCGAAGAUUUGAAAUAUUUCCAUAAGGAACAGCCAGCUCGACGCUGUGAUACUUUAGAAAAUCAUCAAAUGCACAAAUGUAAAAAUAUUAAAAAUCCCAAAUCUGGCUUCACUGCUAACGAGGAUAAGAAAUUUGACAGCAUUACUAACUUUACUCCUCAAAACCUUACAUUACGACUUAGAAAAGGCCAGCCUGCCAAGUUCAAUGUGAGCAUGCGAACCCCAAAAAACUUUCCUGUUGAUUUGUACUACUUGAUGGAUAUAUCUGGGUCAAUGCUACAAGACAUGAAAAGAAUUACAACGUUGGGCUCUAAAAUAGCAAGGGAGAUGUCCAAGAUAACCUCAAGGUUUCGACUUGGUCUUGGAACAUUCGUUGACAAACCGCUGGCUCCUUUUAUCGACACGCAUCCUGCUCUCUUAAUCCAUCCUCACCAACUCUCAGACGGCUCGCUAGACCAGACUUCUGUUCCAGCCUUCGGAUUUAGGAAUGUUCUUCCUUUGGACUUAAACACUUCCAAGUUUGAGGCUAAAGUGGCGGAGCAAAAUAUAUCUGGUAAUGUUGAUAACCCAGAAGGUGGAAUGGAUGCUUUUCUUCAAGUCAUUGUGUGCCACACGGACAUCGGUUGGGUUCGAAAACAAGCAGCACGAAGGUUGGUUGUUUUCACAACAGACGCCAAAUACCACAUAGCUGGAGAUGGAUUGCUUGGAGGUGUCGUGGUUCCCAACGACGGUAACUGUCAUAUUACGAAUGGGCAAUACGAUGCGUCAACUACACAGGAUUAUCCUUCCCUCGGUCUAGUUCGGGAAAAGCUUCUUGAAAACCAAGUCGUACCGAUAUUUGCCAUCACGAAGAGUCAGAAAGCAAUAUAUGACGACGUUAAAAGUUUCUUUGGCGAGGACAGUUUUUCCGUAGCAGAAGAGCUGAACACUGAUGGUUCCAAUAUUGUAACUCUGAUAAGAGAAGCUUAUGAGAAAAUCGCCAAGACUCAAACCAUCUCUGACAACUCAACUGAAGAAGUAACAGUCCAGUACAGAGCCAUUUGCCCUGAUGGUGUGUACGAGAAUAGGAAAGUCUGUAACAAUGUCAAGAUAGGGGAAGUGGUAACGUUUGAAGUCUCCGUGACAUCUCAAAAAUGUUCUGAAGACAUGCCAGACAAGAUUCAUUUGAGGACAGCCUUUGGUGAAGUAGACAUUGGACUAGAGUACAUAUGUGACUGUGAAUGUGAACACCGUGACAACAAGGUGUUCAAAAGUGAUCAUUGCUCAUCUCACGGGACGUUAAUGUGCGGCUUGUGUGAUUGUGAUGAAGGCUGGAAAGGAAGACUUUGUAGCUGCAUAGCAGGAACAGAAUACGACCAAUCGUUAUGCCCAGAAAACAACGCUACUGGUCAGAUAUGUAGUGGACGUCUGAGAGGAGAAUGUUUCUGCGGUGAAUGUCAAUGCAAGGAGAGCAAGACGCCGGGCGAGAAAAUCUAUGGAAAGAAUUGUGAAUGUAGCAACAUCGAUUGUCCUCGCGACAAAGAUGAACUACUUUGUGGAGGUCCUGAUCAAGGAAAAUGUGAUUGUAGUAAAUGUCAUUGCUUUGGUAACUGGACAGGACCAGCAUGUGAUUGUACAAAGGAGAUCGAUGGUUGUCUAGAAAAUGGUGUUCUUUGCAGCAAUCGAGGUUGGUGUGAAUGCGGCAAGUGUGUCUGUAAUUCCAGUUUACCUUAUAUUGGUACAUAUUGUGACGACUGUCCCAGUUGUUCUGGCCGAUGUGCAGCUAACAAGGCCUGUGUACAGUGCAGAGCGUUUGGAGUAGGAUGCGAGGGCCUGGCGUGCGAUGAAUCAAUAAAACUGAUUAUUGUGGACGAAAUCAAACCACACAUGGGUGAACCGUGUUCCUUCAAGGACGAGGAUGACUGCACUUUUCACUUCGCCUAUCAAGCAUCAUCCGACUAUAAAUUAGUGAUAUACGUCCAAAGAGAAAGAGUUUGUCCAGGCGAGAUCGAAGCCAUAGUGGUGAUUCUAGCAGUAAUAGGAGCCAUAUUGGCCAUUGGACUCGCAUUACUUCUCAUCUGGAGACUACUGGCAACCAUUCAGGAUCGUCGAGAGUUUGCAAAGUUUCAAAAGGAAAAGCAGAAUGCAAAAUGGGAUACGGGCGAAAAUCCAAUUUUCAAGCAAGCAACAACCACUUUUCAGAACCCUACUUAUGGAAAAACCUAAAGGAAUUUUAGCCUGAAGACAAUUACUCUAAAUAGAUACAAAAAUAGUGAUGCGUGGGCAGAAAGGGCACUAGCCUACCCACCCAUGCAGUAAAGCUAUUUGGGCCGGGUGUCUUUAUGCAUGACUUUCAAAACCUGGUCCUGCAUGCGGAUGCACGACGUAUUUAUUUGAACUCCUCCCUAGUUCUUUCAACACAAAACACUCACUCAAGGACUCUUGGCUGUUUUUCCCCCCGAUGGAUAAACGAUGAAACUUGUACAAACCUCGUAAAUGACGUGGGACUUCUUGCCCCACCCGUGUGGUAUAUAUCUCAUUGAUCGUUAUAAGUUUUUUUAUCAUGUAAAAAUAAAGAAAAAUAGAGGUAAAAUAUAUAUUGCUUUGUUUGUUGAAAACCAA